CAAGGCUUUUCCCAUCAGCUGCGAGCCAGCGUGCUAAGGAUACAGCAGAAGCAAUUCCUGCAAGGGGGAAGGACAGGUCCUGGAGUCCGUGGACGGGCUCAAGGGUCCCUAAUCAAUGGAACUUCCCUUUCAUGGUGCUGUUGCCUAAUGAGGAGCGGCGAGGUUGUCUGCUGCAUGAUGCAGGCUGUCCCUUUCCUGGUCGAGGCUUUGCAAAUAAUGCCCCAGGCCUCGAGGAAAGAGAGGGGCCUGUCAUUCCCCGGCAGCAGAGUCUAGGAGCGGACGUCAAUUCCCCCCCCUCCUCGGCUCUGUGUACAGGUCUGUGCUGCCCCACAGCAUUACAGAGCUGUCCAGCGGGAGCGGAGAACCAGCAGCAGCAGUCCCCAGGUGAGAGAGGGUAGCACGUGACCGCCAGAAAACCCCUCCCCAACUGCAGCUUCUGGCUGAACAAACCCAGAGCCCCCCCCCCGCCCCCCCCGCCCCGCACGAAGAAUGUAGCAGGCUCUAAAAUGGGGUAGGAAGGGAGGUAUGAGGCUGAACGCAGCUGGAGCCUUCAGGGAGUGAUGCAGUGCCCUGAACGCUAGCUUGAAGAGAGUUGGCCCAUCAGACGAGGUGAAUCACUCAACAGUGAUCAAAAGAAGGGAAGUGGAGGCGCCUAGCGGGGAUUACUAAGGCAUACUUGGCUGUAGUUAGCCCUACCAGCCUCCUCCCUUCCAUUCCUGCCCGGCCCUGUUGCUGGAGUUGAAGUGUUAAUUGAGGGGUAAGUUAGUAAGGCUAAGCUCUGGUCUACGCAACAUAGAUCGACGCAAGGCAGCUUACAUCAACCUAACUCUGUCUACACUAAAAUGUCACUCGCCCCCUUAAUAACUCCACCUCCCCGAGAGGCGUAGAGACCAGGUCGACGCAGCGUCCAUGUGGACACCGCCUUGCUUCCGUUGACUGUUGCUAGCUUUCAGAAGCCAUCCCACGUAGACAGUUCCAUCGGUGCAAGGACGCGCACGGCCAACAGGAGGGGCGAAGUGUGGAUGCCCACCAGUGCUGUAAUUACUGCAGUGGCUGUGUGCCAAUGUAAGUUAGGUCGACUUAAUUCGGUCGUGUAGACGUGCCGUAUGUCUACACUUCAACUGCUAGCCGAUGCUGUACUUAACCCCCCUCCCCCAGAAGCAGUGACUGGAAGAAUUCUGUCUCCACUGGGGGUUAGUUUGGCAGAGGGGCGGCUCCUGUGGUGUGGAUUUUUCACACACAGCUAGGCCGCUGUAAGUUUUCAGUGUAGACCAACCCUUAGGCCCAAAGCACGAAUUGUCUCUCAUGGAACCCAGGGGCUCAGGGUCUUGGCGAGCACGAAAGGCCACAUCUGUGCAGCUGGUGGCCAUCAACCCUGUCUCUGCAGUUCCCUAAGCACUAUGGGAAUCAUUUGUCUGAGGUUAGCACCUGUAAUGGUGCCCAGGUCUUAAGUGUAGCAGGCUCCUAGAUGAACCAUUCGGACAAGCACAGGAAAAUGCAGACGUUCGAAUUGUUUCUUCAACCCUAAAAAUCCCCGAAUGCCCGGAAGAGAGCUGGAGCAUUCCUCGCUCUUCAUCAUCCUAACAUGGACGCUCCUUCCCUCUCGGCCCUUAGCCCUGCCCUAGCUGCAGCAGAGAAGACUCCAACUACGAUGAAGCCUCCUCUGGGAUGUUCACCCAAGAAGAGUAGUAAAGCUGCAGCAAAUUAGGCCUGCUCUGGGACCAGCCACUUGUGUUUCCUUCUCCUUGAAACUGCGUGGGCACUGGUGAUGUCCUUACACAGCGUGGGCCUUCAGAGUGGCUCCCAGCUGAGCAGGCUGCCUGGCGUUGCUCUCUCUGGUGCUGUAAGAAGUAGAUCUGAGAUUGGGCAUUAAAUCAAGUGUGAACAAGUCUGAUUUCUCACUUGUAGGGGGCUGGGCUGGUGUUUGUCCAAGCUGCUGAGUCAUGAAUCCGUUGGAGACAUCGAUCCAAUACUUCACGAGCCUGGAAGAAGCAGUGGGAGGCUCAGUAAGAUACACGCUGUGUGGCUUUUGGGGAGCUGGGUUGAGUUCAGACCAUGCCUGUUACUGACCUAAAGUUACUGCCUCAUGUCUGGGUGGGAUCCUGUGCACGGCCUCAUCCACGCCCAAAAGUUGCACCAAUUUAACUAAAUUGGUUUAGAAACCAAUGUGACUAAAUCCAGGCCACCCCCCAGUGCGGAUGGCCUGGCCCAGAUAUUCAAAGAUAUUUAGGUGCCUCACUCCCAUUGCCAUCAAUGGGGUUAGGUGUCUGUCUGCCUCUGGGGAGCUGGGCCAUUGGUCUUAGCUCAGUUUGAAUUUCAGCAGAGACCAGUUUGGAGGAAUGUGGUGAAAGCGCGCCAGGGAGAGAGAAGCAGCAAACCAGCAAUGGACUGGUGGCUAAAGGUAAACCAGUGCCAGGCACCAGGGUGGCCCAUUUUGGUAUCAACACGCCGGGGGAGUUUUAAAAGGUCAGUGCAAGGGAACAAGGAACUAACCAAGCAGCAAGUUCACCAAAGGCUGCGUGUGCUAUUCCAACCUCUUGUCCCGCAGCGGCAUCAGGAUGCAGCCAAGCGAGGGCUGGCGUACAUCCUCUGAGCGCAGCGGGCCCUGCGCAGCUCCCGGCAAUUGUUUGAAGACAUGGUGCGGGAGUGGAGGGGGCGGGGGACAGUAAACUCUUUGCUCUGUGUUUGUACAGGACCUAGCACCGUGGGGGUCCUACUCCACGACGGCCUCCUCACUGCUACCGCAAUGCAACUGCCGUCUCCUCCCAGAUGAUGGCUCCUAGAUUCCAUGAGAGUUGGGGAUAGGCCCGGGGCAGCUCAGCUCAGAGGUGAUCCAGCUCUUAACCUGUUUCCCCCUGGCUUGGCUAGUACCCGACACCUGCAGACGUGGCUGUGCUUACCCUGCAGCGUGUGAGUGAUCCCCGACAGGAGAGGGGGUGAGAUGGACCACCGGUCUGAGCCAGGUACGGGAUGGCUCCGGGGCUCAGCUGAGCACGUGCAUCUCAAAGAGCCGGCAGAGGAGGGCACUAAUGUCCUCUCCACUUUACAGCUGGGGAAACUGAGGCACGAAGCAGGGACAGCAACUUGCCCACAGCCGCAGAGCAGGACUGUGGCCACAGGGGAAUAGCACCCAGCACGCUAAAGAACGGAAACUGAGGCAGAGUUCAUCCAGCCGCAGCAGCUCCAUGCAAGCAGCACCGAAGGCCCCAGCCCCAUUGGGCCACGCGCUGUACAGACCCAGAACAGAAGACAGUCUCUGCCCUGAGGCGCGUACAGUCCACAAGACCAGCCAGAGCCCUGCUGGCCGCAGUGUUCUGAAGCGGAGGGAUCUGAGCCUUGGGCAGUGAGGGGCGAAUUUGUAACCGCACGUGCAGUAUUUUCAAAUACGAUGCAAUCUCCUCCUACAGCCACAGCAGCCUUUCCGAGCACUGAGCACCCAGAUCCCACCCGAGGGUGCAAGAGGCGGCUUGAAUUCAAGACUGUCCCCUACACGCCCCAGAUCACUGCCAAGUCACUGGAAGGGAAGCUCACCGCUACCACCUUCACGCUGGACCAGCCCAUCUGCAUCUUCGAUCAGUACGUGAAUGGCACCGAUGACAUCUGGCUGGUCGUUGCCUUCACUAAUGCCACAUCCCAUUUCAAAAAUCCAACCUCCAAGAUCCAAAUCCCUCCCUACCAGAAGCUAUCGACCGCUCUCCAUUACAUGACGCUGAAGAAUUCCAUUGCCUUCUACCCGUGUGCUGAAAACAGGGCCGCUAGCGUGCUCCGGGUUGGCAGUGACACCUCCUGCAAAGAUGACCGCAGCCUGGAGUACUGCAACGGACCCCUGCCUCAUCCUGGGCCUUACAGCGUGAAAUUCCUCAUCCUGGAUACCAAUGGGUCCAAGGCAGAGACAAGAUGGUCCCAACAAAUUAUGCUGAAGCAAGGUCGCAAGGCGCGCUCCAUCGACACCUGGCCUGGGAGGCGCAGCGGUACCAUGGUCGUCAUCACUUCCAUCCUCUCCAGCUUCAUCGGCGUCCUGGUGAUCUUGUUCCUCUGCACGGUCGCCUACGAGUGCUUUAAGCUUUGGCGUCGAGAGGAGCCCGCAGUCCCGGAGGAGCCACGCGUCGGGUCCUUCAGAGAGAGGCAGUAUGAUACCCACCACAUCCCCCCGUCGCAGGCUCCAGCCCAGCCCCACAGCGACGUGCCCCGGCCUCACUCGCCGGCCGCCUCCCCAUAGGAGCCCAGAGCUUCCCGCAGGCCAUUGUCCUGGGCUCAGCAGUCAGCCCACGGGCACCCCCAGAAGCCUCGCAUCCCAUUUGUACACCCCGUGCCCUCCCCAUCACGCACCCUGCUGCACAGUGUCCCCUGUAAACCCCGGACCCCAGCAUCCCCAUCACGCACCCUGCUGCCCGGCAUUCCCUAUAUACCCUCGACCCCAGCAUCCCCUAUGAUCCCCAACCCCCAGCGUCCCCAUCACACACCCUGCUGCCUGGUGUCCCCUAUAUAGCCUGGUCCCCAGUGUCCCCUUUGCUCCCCAACCCCCAGUGUCCCCAUCACGCACCCUGCUGCCCGGUGUCCCCUAUCUACCCUUAACCACAGCAUCCCCUACACUCCCCAACCCCCAGCGUCCCCAUCACGCCCCAUGCCCCAGCAUCCCCAUCACACGUCCUGCUGCCCAGCCUUCCCUCCGCACCCCAAACCCCAGCAUCCCUGUCAGACGCCCCAGGCCCCAGCCUCCCACACGCUCACCCUGGUGCUCUAAGAUCACCAGCGCUGGGAGAGGAGAGGCUCCAUGCUUGCCAUCUGGGGUAUCCAGCCUGGCCUGACCGGCCGUGCUGCUUCCCACUUCCCUGGGACUGACUUUACAGGACACAGAGCAACAGCUGGGGAAGAAGGGGAGUAAACAAGCCACAUCCUCUGCUCCUGCCAGUCAAAGGGUCCUGUCUGUUAACUCCAAUAGGCAGCUGCCUGGUGCAUGGGGCUGGGCACUGGUGACACUCAGGGCACCUCGGUCCUUUGUUUCUCGCAGGCUUUAUUCACCUCCUGGAACUGUUUAUGAAGCCAGAUUAACUGGAGGAGCUAGUGGCAGGCCAAUCCCAUGAUGACAUCAGAGCUCCAUUUACAGGACCGGAGGGAUUGAAAAGCCCUUGAGAAACAAAGACUAUCCCCCCUGGGCUAAUGGGUCCCGUGCUUUGAUCCCGUUUCUUUACCCCCAGUGUAGGGAAUAGGACCCGUCUGUCCUAUCAGCGGGAACGUGAUGGAGGUGUUCCCGGCCCGCCAGCACUGCAGAUGUGGCUCCAGGUUCACGUGGGUGCAGGGCCGGGCCCCGAGCCACGCUCCUCCUGAGCGCUGGGGACGUUUGGGCCUGGAUCUAGAGCAGGGAUCCUGUCAAAGAGAAGCAAAUUCCAGCCAGGGGUGUAGCCGGCUGAUUGGCACCUGAACACACAAUGACCCCCCGGCACCCCACCCUCCCCACCACCUGCCAUUGACGCAGGAGCCUUGGGGCUAGAAUGACGGCCCUGCCCUGGCCGGGCCCACGGGAGCAUUAGCACACCUGUGCUUCAGUCCGCUGGGAGGCCGGAGCCCAGGGCUCUGUGCGCAACGCCUGCUGACGGCAGUGUGGCCUCAGGGCUCUUGAGUGGCCGGGAGGGAGGCGUCUCAUCUUUCCGACGUCUGCAGCCCCGGGCCCCCUCGGCCAAGCAAGUGCGGAGGAAAGAGGUCAAGCCAACCCCCACCCGGCCUUCCCAGAUCUCUGCUUGGAGUCUGAGAGUCCAGCCCCGCAGGGCCCCGGCCAGGACCCAGGGGAGGAGCAGGGUCUCAACCCAACACCCAUGGAAGCCAUUGGGCUUGGAGCAGGCCCCCAGCUCAGCCGGCUGCCGGAUGGAGCGGCCCCUCCAGGCGAUGGAGCAGCCCAGCAGCGGUACAGCGUUAGGUGCUUUCCCCUACAGCCCCUAGAACUUGUUUCAAGGACCAGGGCCCAAUCCCUCUCCCUUCCCCUCCCCCAUUGGAAGCCAUCCUCAGGGACCAGCGGGCCGGCCGGUGUGAGAGGUUCAGCUUCUGUGGUUCUUGUAUAUACUGCUGGGGGAAGGUGGGUUUCUCUUUUCAACUCAUCGGUGCCCGGCCAAGUAAACUGCAGUUUGCAUUUUUGAA